GUAAACAGACGUCAGAAGGGAGUCUUCGCCUCGAGUCAAAACAAAACACGAAAGAUCGUUUGCCUAUGUCCAUUAAGAGCAAAGGGGAAUGAUUUGGCUUUAAAUCACACAGACGACCAAGUUACUGAAGAAAAGCUGGUUUCUUCCGACUUUUACCGGAGGGAUUUUAACUCAUAAAAAGAGGAGUUGGCUAACUAGGUGGCCAUGUAGUUACUCUCUCCGUAGUAAAACUACGCUUUCGAGUUUUGUCCCACAGGCCGACGGAUUGGCGACUGAAUUCAUGAAGCAAGGCAAACUACAACUUUUCGUCAUAUUUUGAAGAAUAGUUUGGACGUCGUGUGUAUUUAUAUUUGGGAGGACUUCUACAGGACGGACGCAUUCGGCUUACAGUGUCUGCGCGAGCAUCGUGUGUAGCUGCGUCUCGAGGAACAUGGCAGAUGGUGACAGGCGAAACUUGAACGACAAUAACACAGAUUUUUUCCCUCUUUUUCUUUUAUGAUCAAACCCAAAAAACAACCCAUUAUGAUCGAACACGCUUGUAAGACAUUGACUUGGUCUUUUCUAUUAUACAAUUUUGAGUGUGAUGAAUUUUAAGUUUGAAAGUACUUUAUUCGAUUUAACAUUCUAUCUCAAAGCAUUUGAAUUGUGCGAACUUGAGAUGCAUUUAUUUCGUAUUAAACCUUAAUUUUCAUGUUUUAUCUUAAUAAUGGAUCCCGAGCAACAAAAUAAUAUGACAGGCGGUCGAUUGACUUUGACAGGCAGCUCAAACAAGUAAUUCCCUCUCACUUGAAUUAGUUUACAAGGACAGUAUUCUUAGAUUAUAUAGUAAUUGCGCUAGAAACACGAAAAUACUUAGUUUACAAGAGGGUUCCCAUAGGACGUGAUGCUUUCAGAUGAUGGUGGUUUAUCUUUAUUUGUGGAAAUAAGCAGGUUGUAGUUGGUCUUCUGUAAUUUUUCUCGGUCUAAAGUGUAACUAAUUGCGAAAGCCAAUCAGCCAUUCGCUGCUAGAAUAGGAAACCGUGGGAGGUGAUUGCUUGAUAGCAAUUACAGCACUUACUCCCAUUGGUUUUGCCAUUUUACUUAUGUAAAAUGUAAGAGACUUACUGUCUCUGCAUAAAUUAUACGUUUGAAUACAUUUUAAAAAAAUUGUUUAUUUAGUGUUUAUGAAGAACACAUCUAGUAUAACAUUUCGUAGGCCGUCCCGUCAUUCCAGUGUGUCGUUGUGAUAUAUUUUCAAUCCAACUGUUUUGAUGUAGUGAUGCUAAUGUAGUGAAUUUCCUUUGUUCUUUCUACAUAAACAAAGAGAGCCCUCUUCUAUCCUUGUUUGCUCUGUGUAAAUCAGAAGGUUUAUGUUAGUUACUAUUAAGGAGAUUAUUUGUCCCCUUUAAUCUCCAAUCUGAGGAUUAACUGACGCUAUAUUGGUGUGUUCAGAUUAUAUGAAAUUGCUCCAUUACCCUUGAGAUGGGAUCCGUGCGUUACGGUUAAAUGUGGUGUUUACUAUAGUUAUAUAUCUGUAUAACUCCGUUUACUUGUGAUACGUAUACUGUAGUGUAAUAUCAAUCAACCGUGGAAAAUCCUAAAUUCCUGAACAAAACUAUUGCACAAGUACUGGAUUUUUGUAUAGUUAUAUUUCGUAAUCGGUUUUACUCUUAAUUUUAUCCCCCAUUUUAAUAUUUAUUUUAACUUGUUUAUAUAUAUUAUAUAAUCGCCAGAAAACAAGUUAAUUUAAAUAUAGUAUUCGUUUGAAAUUGUUUGAAUUGCAUCGCACAAUGGAGGAAGAAACCGUACCCCCAAUUGACCCAGAUUUUGAGCCGCAGAGCAGACCGAGGUCAUGUACAUGGCCGUUGCCUAGACCCGACAUCUCAGCUGUCAAAGCAGGGGGUGCAGACGGCUCAGAGUCCGCUGCAGGAAGUCCGCCCGCCGAGGAAGACAAACACGAGCCUCAACCAAUCAUAUCCGAGCCUGACAAAGUUGCGCUCUCAGAGGGCGGGGUCAUCGCAGGAGUGGGCGGGGCCACGCCUCGUAAAGGCUCUUCCCGGCGUAAUGCAUGGGGUAAUCAGUCUUACGCAGAUCUGAUCAGCCAGGCGAUUGAAAACUCGCCAGAAAAACGACUUACUCUGGCACAGAUCUACGAUUGGAUGGUAAAAACGGUUCCAUACUUUAAGGAUAAAGGCGACAGUAACAGUUCUGCUGGGUGGAAGAACUCCAUUCGCCACAACUUGUCCCUCCACAACAAGUUCCUGCGAGUGCACAAUGAGUCCACAGGAAAGAGCUCCUGGUGGAUGCUUAAUCCUGAGGGGGGUAAGACCGGCAAGGCCCCACGCCGCCGUGCAGCCUCGAUGGACAACAGCAAUAAAUUGCUUAAAAGUCGUAUUCGGGCAAAGCAGACUAAAAAGCAGGCUGGAUCAGGUGGGAUUGGGGGCUCUGGAGGUGCCAUGCAGGGUGAUGGUGUUUCUGCCACUGGAGGUGGAGACAGUCCUGGGCCUACGGGCCAGUUUGGGAAAUGGGGAGUAAACUGCAGCAGCCCCUCCUCUCGUGGUAGCCUGGAUGACCCUGACAUGUGGACAAGCUUCAGGCCACGUACAAGCUCAAAUGCCAGCACACUUAGUGGUAGGCUGUCUCCUAUUGCCACAGGGCAAGAAGACGAGGAUGAAUUACCUGAGGAAGGGCUUCUUGGUGGCUAUUCCACAGGUAAUCUUCCCCCAACACUAACUGAGACCCUCAUGGAAGAACUGGACUUGAUUGAUGGGCUUAAUUUAAUGACAGGUCCGCAAGGGGGUGCAAGCCCAAGCACAGCUCCCCCAGCUCCCCCUCAGCCACUGCCUUCUGCAUCCACUCUGCUGCCUCGAGGAUCCAGCUUUUCCUCAUUUAGACCACUGCAGCCAACGAAGGCUUCACAGGGGUCAACUCCACCAGGGCCACAGAGCUCGAUCCAGUCGAGUGCUCGAUCCAGUGCAAGCCCUUCCAGCUUUGGAAACUCCCUCUUUAACCCUCUGCCUGGUCCUGGAUCCCACAGUGGUUUCAGUACUCAUGUGCCCUCCAGCCUUGAGGCUCUCCUUACCUCUGACUCACCCCCACCCAGUGAUGUCAUGAUGAGCCAGAUGGAUCCUCUCAUGCCGAGCCAAAGAGGCACAGGUCUUUUAGGGCUUGGGGGAUCUAUGACCAGCAGUCAGGCUAAGCCAGGUCAAAUGAUAUUGAGCAAGACCAUGGAUGCAAGCACAGUGGGGCAAAUGACACUCCAGCCUCAACCCCAACUCCAGCACUCACAAAUGGGCUUUGGAAUCAUGCACUCAGGCAUGAGCCAGGAGCCAUCUCCGCUCACAACUAUGAAGACACAGCAUCAGCUGCCUGGGUGUGGACAUCUACAACAUGGAGCUUUUAAUUCACCUGGUGGGAAUGGAGGUCUGCAAGGUUUAGGCCAAUUUGCUACACCACCCUGCUUUAUGCCUUCCCAGGAACGUCUGCCUACAGACUUGGAUAUUGAGAUGUUCACUGAAAACCUGGACUGUGAUGUGGAUUAUAUUAUCAACAGUGAUCUUAUGGAUGGAGACUUGAUUGACUUCAACUUUGAUCCCAUCAUACAGAGUGGACAGGGUUAUGCAGGGCCAGCGACCACACAAAGUUCCUCCCACAACUGGGUGCCUAGCUAACUCUUUAGGUAAAGAUGAGAACAGGACAGUCCCCCAUCCUAGACACAAAACAUUGAAAGAAGUGUGGCACAUUGCCUGGACAUAUUGUCAUAGUUUUGCCUCUACAUUUGCCAUUGUACCUCAAAUACAUAAACUGCUUUGGCCAAGGACAGUGCACACUUGGCCAAAAAGUCUUGUGUCAGAAUUUUCAAUUAGAUGACGAAAGCAAACCUCAUUCAUGUCAAGUGCCAAUGUCAACUUUGACGGAACAUGGUCUUGAAACAUAUUUUAUUAUUUUUUGCGUUGAAAGUUACCAUUUAUUUGGAGUUGUCUAGGCCAAUUGAGAGAAAACACAGACUAGAGAAGCACAACUAAUAAACAACUACUCAUGUUUAUUACAGCAAUGCCUGUGAUUAGUACUACCAGAGUAGUGUAAGAUGGAGAAAGUACUCCUCCUUGAUCUUCAUUACCCUGAAAAUGGAGCUCAUUCAUUCAGGAGGAUCAAACUCUGCAUCUUUUUUUUAUGUGAAUGCUCAUUCGGUGAUCAGCAGCUGAUGGGUCUGAGCAGUCUUUUUAGUCACAAUACUGCAUUGAUGAUGUGAUUUCACAGUUGACCUGUUGACAUGAUGUGAUUGCUCUCUGACCCCUUCUGAGGAGAAAAAUAACAUUCCGCCAUAGGAAUGUUAUGUUGAGAACAUCUUGAUCCUCUCCAUCCAACAUGAUCCUCUGAGAGGCAAAGUUCCCACCGAGCCAAGAAUAUAGUGCACGUUUGAACAGUUUUCUGUGUACUCUAAAAAGCACUCCCCAUCAGUAGUACGAAUCAUACACUUGUUUCAUAUACAUAAAAGGGGUCAAAACAUUGCUGAAUGAUUUUAUGGUGGUUUGGUGACGCUGUGGUGUUCAAUGUGCAAUUUUUGCUUUCAUGACCUCAGCUCUCGAGAAGGUGUAUUUCCUCUAUUGUACUGAAGAGUAGAGACUGAUUCUUAAAUGUUUUAAUUGUCUGCUCUUAAAGGAAUAUUCUGAGUUCAAUACAAGUUAAGCUCAAUCAAUAGCAUUUGUGGCAUAAUGUUGGUUACCUCAAAAGUAAAUUUUGACUUGAACCUCCUUAAAGGGAUCAUGACAUGAAGAAUACAAUUUUCCUUGAUCUUCUCAUUUUCAUUUCAGAACUUAAAUAAAAAGUUCUAAAAUCACUGCUGUAGCAUAAAAACCAAGCUGACAAAACAUUCUCUAAUUUCCUUACAUUUUGACGUCACACUGUGGUAGAAAUCUGCAUCUGACCACCUCCACAAACACACCUUAUGCCUUUUCCACUUCCAUAGCCCUGCCCCAUAGUAGUGAGCAGUGAGAUGGUAAGAAGUGAGAGCUGGUCUGUCCAAAGCAGAGAGUCAAUCAGAACAGUGGGCGUUUAUUGUCAAGUCUUAAAGGAGAAGGAGAAUUUUUCUAUGCAAAAAAUUGGCCACAUUCAAUUCUGUUGUAAGUGCCUCACUGUUAGAUUUUUCUUCUUGUUCUUUUUGAAGAACAGAAGGGGCAAGUCUAAAUGAUAUUUGUCGUAAUCAACAAUACGCAACAAAUGCUGUCUAUUUUGCUUAACUUGUAUUGAACCCAGAAUAUUUCUUAAGUGUUUGCUAGUGAUGACAACAGUAUAAAGAAAUGUGAUUUUACAUAGGGCAUUUUGAUGCUUUUUGAUUCCGUCAACAGGUAAAAUGACAUAGUGUUAUUGUUGGAAAUUGAGUGCUCUUUUGCUGAAUGCAAUAUCUGAAGAUUUUUUGUGUGUGUGCGCACAGAAGGGUGUGUGUGAGAAACGUGUAAUGCUCCCGAAACUUGAUUCAAACACACCGAUGACAGAAUUCAUUUAAAAAGCAAGUCAUUUUAUCCGCUAUUUGUGAGUUUGAAGAGAACAUGUACAAUAAUGAGUACUUUUAUGAGACAUUAUGGUUCCUCGGGCAUAUACACUGUGCUCACAGAGACACAGGGCAUGAAGAAUUUCUUUUUUCUCAUUGAUCAGUUUUAUAUAAACAGCACUACUCGUCAUUUUUGGAAACAUUAUUAAAGAACAAAAACAGUUGAAUGUUUGAAUCAAUUCUAAUUCUAAUGUAUGAUUUAGUUUGGCCUGUUACUAUUAACAGAUACUAAUAAGAAAAGUGCUGUUAAUGUUGUUUUUUAAUCUGAGCAGAAGCUAUUUCAUAUUUUUAAUGGUAAUUUUCUAUGUAUUUUUUAUUUUUGUAAAAGAAGAUGCAUGUAGAUUUUAUACAUAACCAAAGGAACACUAAAAACUGCAUGCCAGACAGUGAGAGCAGGGGAUAGAGACAUUGCAGUGCAGAUAAGCUUUACAAAACUGUUCAGAAACUAUGUAAUCUAAAUCUCAAAUUGAUAAACUGCAUGAGCGUAUUUAACAGAAAACCAUGCUCUAAAAUUAGAAAAUUGCUAUAAUUGAUUAUGCUGGAAGAAAAAAAUUGUUUUUCUUCAUGAGCACUUAUCAAUGUCUUGGCAAUCUAACUGAUUUCAUCUCAAAGUAAAACUGGUCCAACCGAAAAUUAUUAAUGCAAUGUUUCACUCUCAGGGUUAUGAAAAUUAAACAAGUUCUGCAAGGAAGUAAUGAGAUAAUCAUUUUAUGACUUCUUUGCUCAUGGCCUUUUCUAAAUUAUGAAAGUCAUUUAUGCAAGCCAACCAUCACAGAUAUUGUAACAUUGCAGAAAUGUAUCUAAUGUUGCAGUUUAUUAUGAGAGAUUUAUCUAAUGUAUGCAUUUGUAGAAUCCCUACAAAAACCUGUAAACUGCCAAUUAUCACAAUAGCAUGUUGCUCCAGAGCAAACCAUUAAGUUUUAAUGCCCUUUUCUUUUCAACAUGGACCUUCUUUGUAGUAGAAGAUUGAUAUUUUAUUUAAUUAUUUGUUCAGAUGGGUUUUACUCUAAAGCCAGCAUUCUGAAGUUGUUGUUUUUUUGAUGUUGUUGUUGUUGAUGGUGUAUAGAUUAGGCUUAAAUUUAAAAGCUGGCAUUAGUUGAUCUUAUCACUUCAAUGUACGGGUCUGAGUGCAUUAGAUAAACUGUUAAUGCACUCUCUCCUUACACAGGAAUAUUUUUUCUCAUUCAUCGGUGCUAGUUAUUAAACAUGACAAUUAAAGAGGGCCAUAUUUGAUUGGUGCAUAUGUAGAUAUCAGGGCCUUGAAUAAUUUUAUGCAACACUUAUUGAGUUUAAUUUCUUAAUGUAGAAAAAAGUAUAAUAAAUGUACCUACAUUUUAAUUCUCAGUUUUUGUAUAUUAUAAAUAAAGCUGUGAAUGGGGAGGGAGGGGCUCGGCCAUCUAGACACAUAAGAUGUAUCAAUGCACCUCAUGAGUGGUGUCUGGUGUAAUGUUUGUUGCAGCAACUGAUUUAGACUGAAUUUGAAUCAAAGUUAACGUCAAUGUGCUUGUCUUUUGGGGCAUACCUUUUCUCAUGUUUGCAUUUGUAUACGUAAUUGCUGUUUAUACCUGCGUGUUACAUCUUUCAGAAAAGUUGAUGAAAUUAAUUUCCUCAAGUGAUGACUGAAUACAAAGUAUUUGAUCAAACUGAAAGUGGCUUGUUAGGGUUAACACCAUGGCUAGGUUUUGCUUAUUAAAAAACAUGAGUUGACUGGAAUGUUGAAUAUUGCAUUAGCCUCAUCAGACAGAAUUUACAGGGCCGCUGCAUGAAAUGCAGAAAUUUUACACCUUCCCUCUAUCCAAAUCACUCUUAAUAUCCUUGUUUGACAUUAACUUCAAUUUUGUUCUUUAUCUUCUUUAGAAUUCUUCUAGUUCCUUUAACUUUUUCAAGAGUUUGCUGAAUAUCCCAGUUGAUAACACAAGACAUUAUUGUAUAAAAAUGUUUGGUCUUUUUUCCUUUUU